AUGGAAAACGCUGUUGACACAGAGUGUCAAAUCGAUCCUGAAUUAAAAGUAGAAUCAUCAAGUUCAACAUCCACAUCUUCAGACACAAAAUCCGAAUCAGACGACAAAAAAGAAAAUGAAAAUCCCGAUGCAUGUCUAGACAAUGAUAAAAACGAAACUACUGAUGAGCUCAGAGUUGGAAGAUUUGUUACGGUUAUAAAUCUGUUGAACUCUUUGCUUGGAGCAAGUAUUUUCUCAUUACCCGGUAAAUUCAAAGAAGUCGGAAUUAUUCCUUCUGUUAUUCUUCUCGCUGUUGCUGCAUAUGUAUCAUAUAUCUGUACUGUUAUUCUUGUUCGUAUACAAAAAGAAGUUAAUGGAGCAGGUAUGGAUGAUAUCGCCCUAAAAGUCUUUGGACAUGUAGGACAAGUAAUUGUUUCUGUCAUUUCCUUGGCUUUCUGCAUCUCUGGUGUUUUGGCCUAUAUCGUAAUUGCCUGUGAUGUAAUUCAGCAGUGGUUCACCCUUAAGGGCAUCUCUGUUAGCUACUUCGCACGCGUUGGAAUCACCAUUGUAUACAGUAUUUUGCCGAUCUCCUUAUCAAUCCCAAGAUCUCUCAAGUUCUUGUCAUAUUUCUCCUCUCUUACUAUUAUAAUCAUGCUCUUCUAUGUUUUGGUCGUAAUCAUUAGAGCUCCAAAGAUUAUUCCACAGCAGAAUUUCAAAGAUUCUAACUUCAAGAUUGCCAAUUUUGGUAUCGGCAUAUUCUCUGCUAUCUCAAUCUUCUUCCUCAACUUCACAUUGCCCAUUACAACAUUGCCGAUUAUCGAGAAAUACAAUAAGGAUCUUAGGAAGAGAAAUAUUGCUUUGAUGUUCACAUGUAUUUGUUGUUUCCUUAUUUUGGCUGUUCCUGGAGCGAUCGGAUACCUUAUGGUAUUCGAUUCAAAUACUUCUGAGUUAAUCUUCUCGUAUGAAAAGUUCCAGAAGGAUAUAUUAUUCAAUAUUGUCAAAGGUGGCUGUUUAGUUGCCGUUUCUUGCUCAUAUCCAGUCUUUUGCAAGCCAAUUCUUGCAACAUGGUCGCAAUUCUUCUUCAAAGAGAAUGAUGCUUACAACCUUUCUAUUGGAAAACUAACUAUUGUUCAUAUAAUCUCUCAUACCAUUCCUGUUCUUAUUGCGGCCUUUUAUCCAAAGGUUAUGACAUUACUUGAUUUUGUCGGAUCUUUCGGCUGCUUGAUAGAUAUUACUGUUCCUGGUUUGCUAUACUAUAUGUUCUACAAGCCAUCAGUUGCCUCAUUCUCAUUCUGGGGAUCUUGGUUCCUCGUUAUUUUGGGAAUUUUUGUAGCAAUUGCAACUAUUGUUCUAAAUGUUAAGAGUAUCGUUGGAUGA